GUUCCUUCAUAACCAAAUCGAGCGCACCAAGCAGGCGUGACUUUCCCGUCUCUUUCUGUAGAAACAGGACUGUCAUACUUUAGAGCAGCACCUGAGUGAAACUGUCCUGUCCACAUAAACGUCUAUCUUCAGAGGUGAACUGAUGAUGAACCGCUGUGGUCUGAUAACUGUCCAGAAGGAACCAGUUCCUCUGAAGAGCAUUGAGGUGGAGCUGGAGGUGAGGGACCAUGUGGCCACAGUGGUCUCCACUCUCAACUACCAGAACAAAGAGGACAAAGCAGUAGAGGCUGUGUUUGUCUUCCCUCUGCCUGGAGAUGCUGCUGUCUGUCAUUUCAGUGCUGUGGUUGGACAGAAAGAGAUUGUAGCUGAGGUGAAGGAGAAACAGGAGGCUCGUGAGGAGUAUGAUGAUGCACUGAGCUCCGGUCAGCAGGCCUUCCUGUUGGAGGAGAGUGAGCAGAGUCCAGAUAUAUUCUCUAUGAAGGUGGGCAGUCUGGCUCCAGGAGAGAGCGCCUCCAUCAGGCUGGAGUACGUGACUGAGCUGGCUGUGCAGGCUGAUGACGGGCUGAGGUUCUGUCUGCCUGCUGUGCUCAACCCUCGCUACCAACCUCAGGGUAGUGAAGGUGCCAGUGUCCAGGUGUUCUCUGUUCCAGCCUCUCUGGUUCCCUACACUCUGUGUUUUUGUGGCCGACUCUUCUCUCCUCGUCCAAUAUGUAAAGUGGAGUCCAGCUGCUCCCUGGACCCUCUGCAGUACCUCAACACUGAUCAAACUCAGGCCACGGUGAAGUUGGCUGCAGGACACAAGUUUGACAGAGAUGUUGAAGUUGUGAUUUAUUACAAAGACGCCCACCAGCCCACUGCUGUGGUGGAGGCAGGACAGACCUCUGCCAAGACUGGCUCUCUGAUGGGUGAUCCAGUGGUGAUGGUGAGUCUGUAUCCUGAGUUCCCCCCGUCUGUGAUGUCUUCAGUGGACUCGUGUGGAGAGUUUGUGUUCUUGAUGGAUCGAUCUGGAAGUAUGGGAGCACCUUUGAACAACAAGGAGAGGCAUCAGACCCGCAUCAGCAGUGCCAGGGAUACUCUGCUGCUCCUGUUGAAGAGUUUACCAAUGGGCUGCUACUUCAACAUCUACAGUUUUGGGUCCAGCUUUCAACACAUUUUCCCUCAGAGUGUGGAGUACAGCCAGAAGACCAUAGAGGAGGCUCUGAAGAAAGUUGAGGAAAUGGAGGCUAAUCUGGGAGGAACAGAGAUCCUGGAGCCUCUAAAACAUAUUUACAGCCAGCGCUGUAUUCCUAAUCAGCCUCGACAGCUGUUUGUCUUUACUGAUGGAGAGGUGGGAAACACCAAAGAAGUUCUAGAUCUGGUGAAGAAGAAUUCAGGUUCCCACAGGUGUUUCUCUUUUGGGAUUGGGGAAGGAGCCAGCUCUGCUCUGAUCAAUGGGUUGGCCAAAGAAGGAGGAGGACACGCUCAGUUCAUCACAGGGACUGACAGGAUGCAACCAAAAGUGAUUCAAUCGCUGAGAUUUGCUCUGCAGCCGACUGUGAAAGACAUCUCAGUCAUAUGGGAUUUACCAAAGGGAGUGUCUGUCACUGUCCUGUCUCCACCAAUCACAUCCAUUUUCCAGGGUCAGAGGUCACUGAUUUAUGGCCAGCUCAGUGGACAGAGUUCAGAAGCAGCAGAGGGCAGUGUGACACUGAAGUACAUCCAGGCAGGUCGUCCCUCUCAGAACCAGCUGCACUUCAGUCUGAAACCUGCAGAGGACACUGGACUGGACGCAGGUUUCCAUCAGACGGCAGAGAUGCCAUGCACUGGAUUAACUGUCCACAGGUUGGCUGCUUGCGCUCUGAUUCGCUCCCUGGAGAUGGAAAACAGGGAGCUCAGAGAACGGCAAGAUGGAGAAAUGAAGGAGAAAGUGGUGCAGCUCAGUGUCCAUUCAGGAGUGAGCAGUUCUUUCACUGCCUUCAUUGCUGUCAACAAAGCUGAUGGCAAAGUGAUUCAACGACCGUUGAUAUACCGACCUAUUCCAGGAGCCAUGUAUCUGCGUCAAUAUAACUUUGAUCUUGAUGUUCCAAGUGUUACACCUAAUGCAGCGACUGCCUCAGUGUACUCUUCAAGAAGCUCUUUCAGGGGGAGACUAAUAUCAGCUUUAAGAAGAAUUGGCUUUAACGUCGGUCAGAGUGGCUCAGCUCAUGGCCAAGGCAUGAAGCCCAAGCAGCCACUCAGAGAGCCUUGGCUUCAGCUGGUCUCCCUGCAGGAUGCCUCUGGCUGCUGGGCCCUCGACCCAGCUCUGGCUGCUGCACUGGGGAAGACCAGCGAGGAGGUGGAAAGCCCAAAACCUGACUCGGUCAGUCAGGAAGUGUGGGCCACCAUCCUGGCUCUGAUCUGGCUUCGUGGUUUUAAGAUGGAUGCAAAGGAAGAGUGGGAGCUUCUGGCAACAAAGGCUGUGUCAUGGCUCCGUGCUCAGAAUGCACCAUAUGGGGCAGAGUGUGUGGAUGCUGGAACUGCAGUGCUGGGUUGCAGCUUGCAGAAAGAUGCCCUGAUGCUCUGAGCUGUUCAUUAAAGAGACUUCACCUUCAGGAUCGGUACACAGAAGCUUGUCUACAAUGUUUAUUAUUCAACUCAGUCUUUGCACUACUCUCACUUAAUUAUGCAAUUGUCUGAUAUAAUAAUGUCAGACUUCAGAAUAAGUGGAUUUGUGCUGUUAGCUAUUUCAAAAAUCUAUUUAUUUCCAAAUUGUUUCCAAUUUCUUUGCACUGUUUCAUUUAAAAAAGGUGCUUUUCUAAACAGCAAGAUAUAGCAUCCAUCCAGGUUUACCCCUUGUGACAAUUUCGUUUCCCUAAAUUGUUAUUUUCUGGUUUUCUGUUUGAUAAUCAUACUUGACAAUAAAUCCUGGGGUUUCAAUGGAAAAAUGUAGAAAUGUAAUUCGAGAAAUUAGAGUCCUUCUACUUUCUGUAGAAAGAGUGCUGAAGCAAAGCACUCUAAGUAAAGUUUAAUUGUGUGGUACAUUUCAUAUGCAAAAGCAUUCCAAGAGUAAGUGUUUUAAAAAGUGCAUUUAGAAUGUUUAAGAAGGAAUUCAUUGUAAAAACAUUAAAAUUUAAAAAAAGACAAUCUAUAAAUGGUAUAAGAAUGUGGAGAAUGCACUACACACACACACACUCAUGAACACAGGAUUUAAAUGGGAGUUGGCUAUGUGGUGACCCAUUAUCAGUCCUAAUUUUGUCUCUAAAGUGACAUAUUUAAACAACUGACUUAAAAAUACCUUAUUGUGAAGUGUUACUGAUUAUCUGUGCUAAAUUUCCUGCUAUCAAGGAAACGGUAAUGUAUACCAAAUUUUUUAAGCCUUGUUGUUUACAGUUUUGCUUCUUCUGCUAUUCCUAUAAUAACGUAAAAUAAGGUAGAAUUUAGUUCAGUCACCUAAACAUACAUUCAUCUUCAAGUAAUCACUAUAAUUAUUCUAUAGUAUAUUGCAUUUUCAGUCAUUUUAGUACUCAUACCCAUCUUAUGCAGGUGUAAGCAAUCCUUUGCUUCGUCUCACACACCUCUACAUCUGAUCUUUUACUACCACCUAGUGGCCACAGUGUGUUUGACUUUGGCCAGACAGGUUGUGAUUUCUGAAUGUUUAAUGUAUUCUUCUUGUUAAACUCCUUCAGGUAAAGCUGAAAGUUUACACUUGAUCAUUUAAUUUCUUAUUGAUUGUGGUGGAGUAGAGAGGUAUUCUUCCUGUUCAAAUACUUGGGAACCAUACUUUAUUGUUUCUGUCUUGCAUUCCUUUCCCAUUCUUUGCAUAUAUUGGUAUUGUUUUUUUUUUCUUGUGGCUGCGUAACCCUGAACAUUAAAGUGUACCUUUGGCACAGUGA